AUGGGAAACAGCAAUAAAAAGCGAGCUUCAGACAAGUCCUUUGAACUUGAAAACUCCAUGCAUCAAAACAAAAAAAACCUAGAUAUUCCAGUCAAGUUCGAUUAAAGGUCCAAAAGUGUGAAUGGCAAUAGAAUCUUACAGCCGCAGUAGUAGUAGCCUAACUAGAGCUAAAUAUAGCAGAACUUGCAAAAUUAAAACUAAAAUGUAAAUCAGCAAUGGGAUUAACCUCAGCAGCAGGUUGCUAAUGUCAACGGCAUGUAUCUCCCUAUUGUUUUGCCACCUGAUUAAUUGCCUAAUGGUCAAGCUAGGGUUAUCCCAUAGCCUCUACAGUAAAAUAGAGCUCCAAAUCACUAGGUACAAGGACAUAGACAGUAAUAGCAAGUGCAGCAAUAAAAUUAACAAAGACAGCAAUUACCUGUUUAGGGUGCUAAUAUUAGUAGCACAAUGCAGUCUUAGAACAUAGCAAGAGUAAGAAGAGUUAUGGGGGAAGAAUAUGGCUCUGAAGUUGACUCCUAAGAUGAGGAUUAUCAAGAUCUGAUUAAUGAAGCUAUUAUUUAGUCUAUAUUUGAGCAGGAAAGAAGUGCAGAAGAGGAGAAAAUGCUUAGAGAAGUGAUGAAGCUCUCCUCUCUUGAACACAAAAAGAAUAAUGGUUAACUAGAUCUUAACGCCCUGAAAAAGAAGAAGACUAUUAAUGAAGGGCAAGUUUCGAAAUAAGUUAAAGGAAUUGCUGUUGGCAAUGAAAACUUAUAACCGAUAAAAUAACUCCCACUUAAUAAUGUUUUACCUCCUAUUGAAAUUGGUGGUAAAAAAGGUAAACCCCUUUAGCUUGGUUAGAAUCCACUAGGGAAAUAAGAUUUUAAUAUGAAGUAAUAACAGCUGCCUCCACUAUCUGAUCCUUAGAAUGAAAGAGAUCUUGCUAAGUUAUCUUAGCUUAAACCAGAUAAAAAUCUAGAGGAAGAGUAAAAAAGACAAAAAUAGAUGAUGGACCUUGAAGAGUAAAAAUUCCUAGAAUUAAUUACUCCAAAGGAUGAUGAGAUGGAGGAGUUUAAAACUAAGGCAACAACUUAAUCUAAAAUGAGUAAGCAAUCAAAUAUGAAUGAAAAGAGCUUUAUCAGCAAUCAGUCAAAGUUAUAAGAGAAAUCUGUGGUUGCUCCAAAGACGCAGAAGGAGGAGAUUCAAGAAUUGCUAGGAACUUCUCCAAACAAAAAGAAGGCGAGAGAUGUGUUUGAAAGUCCUAGCAGAUUACCUGGGAAUAUUAAUGAAUUCGAUGACUUGCUUGAUGACUCUUUAGACCUAACUGAUAUUAUGCCAAAGGAAUAGGAUAAGAACAAAAUCAAAGAGAUAAUGGCUAAGAAAAAGGAUAAGCAAAUUGAAAACUAAAUUAACUUCGAUUUGCACAAAGGGGACAAGAAGAGCAUAUUCUACAAUAACGACAAUGAUGAUACAAUGAUCAGCAGUAAAUAGCCAAAUAAAAAGGAUGUUUUGAGAGAGAGCGAGGAUGACUUUGAUAAACUAAUUGGCCACAUUGAGGGAUCUCGUAUCGAAUCUAAAAAUGUACAGAAGGCUGAUAAUAACAAUUUAAUUGAAAAGAGUGAAGAGGAUGAAGACUUCUUUUGA